CGCCGGCGCCGCCGCCGCUCGCGUGCCGCCCUUUCCGCUGCUCGCUCUGCGACGAGGGAUUCGACGAAAAGCAGGGCCUGCGCGCGCACCUGGAGGAGCACAACGUGGACAAGCAGUGCGUGUGCGACGUCUGCGGAGUCCGCCUCUCCAACAGGUCCUCAUUGCGCCGACACCGGCUCAAACACACCGACUCCAAGGAGUACCCGUGUGACGUGUGCGACCGCUCCUUCUACCAGAAGCACGACAUGCUGCGGCACAAGGUCCUGCACGAUAAGGGUUCGUUCAAGUGCGAACGCUGCGCGCGCGAGUUUGUGGCGCAACACCACAUGGCGGCGCACAAAUGUUGGGUGCGGCCGGCCGGGCGGCGGCGCUCGGCGGCCGGCCAGCUGCCCUGCCAGAUCUGCAGUCUCACUUGCAGCACACCUGCUGCCUGGGGCUUUCACAUGUGGCGGCACACCAAGGACCCCAAGUACCUGCCGGACUUCAGCGGCGGCGGUCUGGCCGCGGCCGCGACGCCGCCCAGCCCCGGCGCCGAGGAGCGGACGGGGCCGCAUCCGAGUGGGGCGGAGCGAGCAGAGCCUUCUGUUGAUGGGGAGGGGAGGACAGAACGGACGCCGCACGUAGGAGGGCGGACAGCGCCGGGUGGUGACUGUGGGGAGGAGGCGAAACUCGAUCCAGAGCGGGAGGAUCGGAUGGGGCUGGAUCCUGGCCCGGGGUCGGCUCGGCUGUGCCCGGAACAGAUGGCGGCGCGGUCCUAGCGCCGGCACCACGCAGCUAGGCCGAACUCCGUGCCGGCGGUGAUGCGGUCCCGACCGCGAGAGGGCUGGCCGCGCCCUCAGGAGCAUGCCUAGGAGCUUUGUGCUGUGCCACAGGCGUAUGCUGCAGGCCUUUAAGCGGCAGGGGGUGCAAGACAUGUUGCUCCGAGCCGAACAUUGGCAUGUGCUUUGAGCCAUGGUACUGAUGAGGUGUUGUCAUGCAGUGGCAAUCUUGGAGUAGUAGGGUGCUGCUUUCAUGGAAAUUAUUUGCUGCUGGUUUUUGUUGAAUGAGAGUGAAGCACAAUAUAUGAAGUGAC